UCGGUCAGACAGUCAGAAUUUAGCUUCACGCGGACGAGGCCACUUUCCCUCGGCUCACCUGCGAGAUAUCCCCUAAAAUGAAUGCGAAGAAAAAUAAAAACAAACAAAAACAAAACAAACCCAACCCGCAACCGAAAGCCGAGGAAAUUAUAGGCGAAACCCCUGAAAAACUAGAACUCGAAGAAAAAAUAGAAGUAGUGAAAAGUGAAGAACGUGUUCCUGAAAUUGUGAGUGAAACUGCUCCUGUGUCCGAUGCGAAGAUAUCAGAAGGCGAUACUCCCAAAAAACCUAAAAGAAAUAGAGGUAAGAAGAAAAAAACUGAUAAGGAAGAUGAAACUGACGACAUCCAGGAACAGAAAGUGCCUGAGCCUGUCACUGAAGAAGUCAAACAGACUAGUGAUGAGCAAGGUAAUAAAGAGCCUAAUAAAGCUGUGGAAGAAAAGGGCACUGACUUAUCAGAAAUAGCUCCAGCUGCGCGUAAAAAGAAAAAUAAAAAUAAAAAGCAAUCGGAACAAGCGGAAAAAGCUUCAGAACAGGAAAUAAAAAUUACACCGCUAACAAAGGAAGAAUUAACAGAUGUGAAAAUAGUCACUUGUGUUCCUGUUGCGACGGAGUCCGCCGAAGAAUCUAAAUCGAAGAAAAAAAACAAGAAGAAGAAACGAAGUGAUUCAGAGCGAUCUGAUAAAGCUGAUGAAGUGGCUGCUUGUACUGCGGCAUUCCAAAAGCUGUUGGAAUAUAAAGACGAAAAGAAGGACGUUAAAAAAGAAACUAAAUUAGAAGAUAUUAUACCUGCUACAGAAGAAAGCACACCUAAAGAGCAAGAGGUAAUUCCUGUUCAAAUAGAGACGAAGAUAAUUUCUGAAAAAGGCGUAAUACAAGAUGAAAUCGUUGAAGAAAAACCACAUGAAACCAAAGUUGUUACAAAAGAAGAGGGUGGAAAAAGUAAAAAGAAAAACAAAAAGGACAAAAAGCAUCCUCCUAAAAUGGAGGGCGAAGAUCUAGAGGUUGAGCAAAAAUAUAUUGAAGACAAAACUGAAGUAUUAACGACAGAAAACCCUACUGAAAGUAGAAGUAGUACCAAUGUUGCAGCGGAAAAUAUUUUAGAAAUAAAAGGAGAGCCUGUAAUACAUUUAGAAGAUACACAUAAAUCUUCAGAAAAGCCAAACAUUGAAAAAGAAAAGAGUCCUAAACCUAAAGCUAAAAUAGCAAAACCGGUAGAAAAGAAACGUAAAGGUAAAGGUGAUAAUUCGAGUACUGAAGUUUUAAUUGAAGAAAGUUCUGUAAGUGUUAGUACUCCUGAAGACUCUACAGUUACCGCUGAGACGACCAAAGAACAUAAAGAAGAUACUACUGCAGAAAAAAGGGAAGAAAUAAAGGAUGUCGCUAUUGAAGUUAAAAUAGAUACUUCCGAAAAAGAAAUGGGACACAUAGGAGAUCCUGCUGACAAACAAGAUAUUAAAUCCGAAGUAAAAGAACAAAUAGAAACAAUGACAAAAGAGACUGAAACCAUUCAAAUGCCUGAAACCAGUAAAAAAAGGAGAAAGUCACCCAAACCAAAGACAGUUGAUACAUUGAUUAAAGAACCUGCAGCUCCAACUAUGCUAGAAGCUACAAUUGUGGAACCAAAGCCUACAAAGUCAGACGAAACUAAAGAAAAUAUCCUACCAAGUAAAGAAACUGUAGCCAAGAAAGACGAAAUUAAAGCUAUUCUUGAAAUCAAGACUGAAAUUAUUGAAGAAAAACCAACUGCAGCAUUAGAGCCUGAGCCACCAGUAUUACAACCAAAUGUACCAAUCGCUCUCGGCUUCGAACCGAUAAUACCAACAAAAACUACAUCAGAAGCGAGGAUUUUGGCAACACCUGAAGUUGGUAAAAUGCCAGAACUACCUACAGAAUUAGUGUUGGAAACGGAAGGACAACAUAUUCCAAUACCUGAACCAGUUAUGGGGAAGAAGAGAAAAAAGUCGCCUAAACCACCUAGAAAGCUGAAUAAAACCCCUGAACCAACUGAGAAAGUAUCUGAACCCGUAAGUGCACCUGAACAGAGUACAAAAGACAUUACAAACGAACAAAAAAUUAAGACAGAAACCGGUUUUGACUUACUACCAAUGGAAGAUAUUGAAAUAAGAAGUAUGAAAGCAUCUGAAUCUGAAGGUUCUGCGUGUGAUAUAACACCAGACGUUCAGUAUCCAAGAGCUAGUAGUCAACUCCUAGACGAUAACAAUAACACGACUAUACGAGAUGUUACUGAUAUUAAAUUGAACAUUCCUUUUGAACUGCCUGACACUCCUUUGAUCCAAGGAUCUGGAGAAACUCCUUUAACACCUCCAAAACUAAAUACAACAGGAAUAAAAUUUACUGAAGUAUUAACAGAACCUGAGCCUGUAGUACAAGAUUUUUUACCUUCGAAAUCUGAGACAGAGAUUAAAAGCAAGCCCAAUGAGAAAACUGAUUUAAAGUCUAAAGUAUUGGAUGUUAAUAUUGGUAUGGAAGAAUUGAGAAAGUCCAUUGAAAGGUCUUUGGCAGAAUUGACAUCUAUGGAAAGAAGUGAAAGGGACGCUGAAGAACAAUUUGCUAGUGCUCAAAGCAAAUUGCAAGAAAUAACAGAAUUAGCUUCAAAGAAAACUGAGUGUGAUAAAAAAAUAUUGCCUGCGAAAGAUAACACAAAAAUAGAAAAAAGAGCGUCAACACCAGUGCAAACAAAGGAGGCUGACAAAUACGCAACAAGUGGCGAAUCGAAACCAGUUCCACAAGUGGAAGAAUCAAAAGCUAAUACAAAGCAAGUAGAAUCUACAGUAACUGAUAUUAAACCUGAAGAGCAAAAAAUCGGCGAAAACCCUGUACAAGCGGAAACACCUGUUCCACCAGCAGCACCUAUAUGUCCCGCAAGAAAAGAAAACAAAGGAAAAGGUAAAAGAAAGAAAGGAAAACAAGAUGCUGAGCACAACGUAGUAACACCGACAAGUACUACGUGUUCUGAAAGUAGUGCUACUACAAGUACUACUACUGGGAGUGAAACAAAAGAAUCUACCAAAGAUACUAAAAAAGAUGACAAAUCUAAUCAGAAAAACACCGGCCAAACUCAAGAAAAAGGAAAACAACAGUCUGAUUUUUUAGAAGAAACUAAUUCUCCCUGUGGUGUUUUGGAAAAUGCUGGAUUAACUGACUCUGUACAGAUGGGGUUUGAACCGAUAGACAGUUUCGAAGAUGCCUUAACGUCAAGUGUUGACGACGUCAACAAAACAUUCGAAAUGAUUGCUAACGAAUCGAAUACAUUUGACCAAUCGCAAAAUCCUGAAAUAAACGUAAUUAGUCCUGUAGAUGACGAGGACAAUAGUAAUGACAAAAAAGAUGCAAAUGAAGAAAAAAUCAAUCCUAUUUCGCAGCCAAAAAACUUGCUAGGCCACCCCGAUAUUCCUGCACGAUUGAAUAAAACUGACUACAAAAAAGAAAAGAAUAAAUCUCCAAAUACAAAGCAAGCUAGAGUGAAAAUAAAGGAUUCGGUUCCUAUAGAAAUGAGUAAGGAAUCUAAAGAAUCACAGACAGAGAACAAUAAAAGAUUUAUGAAAGAUAAAACUGUGACAGAAUCGAUAUCUUCUGUGAGGAGUGAUAAUGAAGAGUAUAUUUACAAGUACAGUUUUAGGAAAGUGUUUUUACCGAGUGCCUGUCAUGUUUGCAAGAAGGAUUUGAAGCAGACGAGAGUUCCUUGUAAUUUCUGCAGUUUGGUGUUCUACUGCAGUGCGAAACAUAAAGAUGAAGAUUAUCCCCAACAUCAAGCGUUGUGCUUUGCUGUAUCCACUAUCGUUCAUUUAAAAGAUCAAAAACACAUCUAUGCGGAAGCGAAGAACAUAACAGGUCACGAGUACCGUCUUCUUCGUAUGCAGAUGAUAGUAUCGUGUGAGAAAGUGCUGAAGAGAAGGCUGGUGCCGUGGGAGCAGGAAGCAUUGCUGUAUCCCAGGAUGUGUGCCGACGCCGCUUGUCGGGAGUGGAGGCAGAGCAAGCUGGUGGACUGUGAGGGCUGUGGACAGGUAUCAUUCUGUGCCGAUCACCCUGACCACUUGCCGAAGUCUCACCAGCGUUGGUGCAAGUCCUACUCCCUGUACCAUCGGCUGGUGGUCUACCAGCAGACCAAGGGCAGACUGGAGCCGAAACUGCCAUCACGGGUGAUGGCAGAGCUGUACCAGAUCCCUGAGAAGCUGAAUGAGGUGCUCGCUUCUAUGUAUGAGGAGAAGAUUGACAUGACAGACAUACAAUACGCUGCGCUCACGCAGAUAGCAACAGCGCCGCUCACCGCAGCGUACUGCCAACAGCUGUUCACCAACAAGAUGAACUCCAUCUACGCUAACGGCAUGCAUAAGAAAGCUUCAUUCACAAUCCAUGUGGUAGGCGCAGAGCUUCAAUUCGAAGCGGACGCCCUGAACAAGUGGGAGGUAUUCUUCCUGCACCUGAGACCUGACGUGAAGGACCUGAGGGUGGUGUUGCUGGGACCUGACCUCAACCCCUCCAGGCUGCCUCUCGACUUGCUUGGCAAGAUCAACCUGUGUGAAAACUGUCGUCAGAAUAAACGUCGCGUGCUCUUUGAGUUCCAAGACAAGAAGACCUAUCAUGAAUACUGGUCUACUGACUUCACCACGCCAGAUCUAGUUUGCGCUUUCAACCCGAGCAUUCAGAGAUCUUCAAUCUUUAACGGCAAGGACACCUGGCCUUCUACUAUCAAAUGCAUCCUCAAGCUAAGGAUCCCCUUCAUCAUCACAUCUUACACCAUGAACGAACUCCUCAAGGACUUGGCAAGAAUCAAGGAAUGUUUUGACGGACCAAUGAAUGCUAUUUCUGAGCCGAAGUAUAAUUCCUUCGCAAGUGUCAGGCCUGACAGGAACUUCAUCACAGAUGAUGAGAUGCCUCUGCUGUUCAAGAAUUUCUGUUUUGCCAUCGUUUGUGGCUCCUCUUAAGUUAUCCGUGUUGUUUGUUGUGUUUUUUUUUAAAUAUACUGCUGUUGAUUUAC